CAUUCAAAUAAUAAUCAUGGCCUCUAUGUUGGCGAGAAAGUCUCUAGGCCUAUCAACUUUGGCACGACGAUUAGCAGUUCUACCACGAAUUGCUUCUCAAAGAUGGCAGUCUGAUGCACCCGCAGCUACGCCAGAAAAUGUGACGGCUAUUAACACAACUAGCGAUUUCAAAAAAGUUCGAUUUACAAUCGAAGAACCGAGUCAAGCAGAACUUGCUGAUCUAAGCAUGUGGUAUAAGAUAUGCUAUAUUUUUACGAUACCAACAAUUAUAACUCUUGGAUAUUAUGCUUUGGUGGUUAAUCCAGAAGAGGAAUCAAGACCAGAGUUUAUACCCUAUGACCAUCUUAGAAUUAGAACGAGGAUUUUCCCAUAUCAUGAUGGAAAGAGGAACAUGAUGUAUAACCCUGAAGUGAAUGCGUUACAAGAUGGCUAUGAGUCACCAUCAACUCAUGGCAGCCCAUAUUAAAGAUAAACAUUAUGUUUGUGAUACACAAAAAGAACUUUUCAACAGAAAUUUGAACUUUCCUUUUUUAUUUUUUUCUGUUAUAGAGAAUCUGUAUUGAGGUUGAUAGACCAUUAAAGAAAUACUUGAUA